AUUAAUGAUGUAAGAUUAAAUAUCUUUGGCUGAAUUUGUGCUUUAGGAGGCAAGAGAGAAAUGUUUUGAAAUUGAAGUCAAGGCAUUUAAAUAAUUUGAGAAAGAGAAAAAGUAAAUUGUGGAAAAAGAGAAAUCGAACAUUUAAGAAGAAAUUAAUAAUAAAUUUAAGAAGAAAGCUUAAUAGGAAAGAAUUAAACAUAGUGCUCUUGUUAAUGGGGCAAGAAUGAGAUUGAUGAAUGCUAGAAACUAAGCAUUAACAAAGAUUUUCUCUGAUGUACAUAUGCAUAUUAAUAUAGUCAUAAUAUCAAAUUUAUAAAAUGAUUAGAUAAGAUGAAAAAUUUUAUGAAGAAUUAUUGAAAAAUUUAAUAGUUCAAGGAUUAAUUAAAUUAUUUGAACAUGAAGUUGUAGUAAGGUAAUUGUUUUAUAUAAUUAAAGAUGUUUGCAUCGUGAUAUAAGACAUGUAAGAAAUGUAAUAGAUGAUGCUAUUUCUGAAUUCUAAGAUAUUUUAAGAAAUGAAUUAAAUGGAUUAGAAUUUGAAGUUAAAAUUGAGAUUGAUGAAGAGAAAUGUUUAGAUGAAAGAACACUUAUUGAUAAUUCAAUUAAAAGUGUUUAAGAUUAUUCAUUACAAGAAUCAGCAUCAGAAGUAAUUAAUAUAUAUAUUUUAGGUGAUAUCAAAAACUGAAAAUGAUAAAAAAUGUUUUGGUGGAAUAUUGAUGACUAACAAAGAUGGUUUGAUUGUUUGUAAGAACACAUUAGAUGUUAGAACAGAAUAAACAUUUUAAGAUUCAUUACCAAUUAUCAGAAGCACAUUAUUUGGAAAGUGAUG